AUGCUGGCCAGCUUAAACGACCCAUAUUCCCGGUUUGUUUCGCCUAAGCAAUUCGCGGCAUUAGCUAAGUACGACGUUACUGGUAUCGGGCUAAACAUUGGCGAGGAUGUGGAGGACGGGCGGGUGAAGCUGAAGGUGGUGGGGAUCGUGCUCGGCUCGCCAGCACAGCUAGCAGGUGAGCUCAUCUUGACCGGUGAGCUCAUAGCGACAUCACAGUAUACACAGCCAGGUUUUAUCGGGUUGAGAGUUGGCGAGGAUGUGGAGGGCGGGAGGGUGAAGCUGAAGGUGGUGGGGAUCGUGCUCGGCUCACCAGCACAGCUAGCAGCACAACUAGCAGGUGAGCUCAUAGCGACAUCACAGUAUACACAGCCAGGUUUUAUCGGGUUGAGAGUUGGCGAGGAUGUGGAGGGCGGGCGGGUGAAGCUGAAGGUGGUGGGGAUCGUGCUCGGCUCACCAGCACAGCGAGCAGGUGAGCUCGUCUUUACCUGCGUGCAGCAAGGGGACAGGCUCGUUUCAGUAGACGGAACAAGCGUGCAGGGCAUGCCCGCAUUCAGUAGAAAUUGGCGCAUCCCAUUCCCUCCACUCUUCAAUCCCCGUUUCUCUCCUCCCCCCCCCCUCCCCCCCACCUUCCCCAUCUCCUCUCCCCGUCCACACUCUCAUCCGGGCGUGCGGCAAUGCGACGAGCUCGUUUCAGUGGAUGGCAUGAGUGUACAGGGCAUGUCCGCAUUCGACGUAUCUUCGCUCAUCCCAUCCCAUCCAUCCCUCAAUCUCUGUUCUUUCCGACCCUGCCCUCCACCCCACCAUCCAGGCGUGCGGCAAGGCGACGAGCUCGUGUCAGUGGACGGCACGAGCGUACAAGGCAUGUCCGCAUUCGACGUAUCUUCGCUCAUUCAGGGCCCCAAGGGCACCCCUGUCACCAUCGCCAUCCGCCACGACUCGUGCUCCCCUAUAGAGUCCCUCACUAUGUCACGCACUAGCGAAGUGCAGUCGCCCGUGCUUUACCGCCUCGACCGAAACGACCCCAUCUCUCCUCUGGGGUUAUUUCAGGACUUCUCCUCUGCUGCUUCCUCCUCCUCCUCCCCCUCUCCCUCCGCUUCCUCCUCCUCUUCCAUGUUCUCUUCGGUGUUUUCCUCCUCCUCUGCCCCAACCGGCCCUGUUGGUUACAUUCGGCUCAAGGAAUUUAAUGCGGCGGCAAAACGUGACGUGGUAACCGCAAUCCAACGGCUAGAAGCAGCCGGGGCGACAUCUUUUGUCCUCGACCUACAGGACAACCCGGGCGGGCUCGUGCAAUCGGGGGUAGAAAUCGCGAAACUCUUCCUCGAGCGAGGGCAAACCGUGGUCUACACCGAGGCCCGCCCGGGUGAUUUACCCCAGAAAAGAAGCAUCGAAGCCACGGGGAAACCGCUCACCCGUGCUCCUCUAACGGUCCUGGUCAACGGCCGAACAGCCAGUGCUAGUGAAAUCGUCGCGGGCGCGUUGCAUGACAACUGCCGAGCGGUUUUGGUCGGGUCGAGAACCUUCGGAAAGGGGCUGAUUCAGAGUGUGUAUGAAUUGAAUGAUGGUUCCGGCAUGGUGGUGACGGUGGGGAAAUAUGUGACUCCUGGGCUGGUAGAUAUUGAUGGGAACGGCAUUGCAGCAGAUUUCAGAAGGAAGCCGAGCGGGGAUAUGGCGCGAUGGAAGCUUGCCAACUGCAAGGUGCCCAGCUCGAAAGGAGGGACGGUGGUGACAGUGGGGAAGGGGAGCGAUAGUGGUGGCAGUGGGAAAGGGGAGCAAAAGUGGUGUUGGGGAAGCAGAGGGAUGGUGGUGACGGUGGGGAAAUAUGUGACUCCUGGUCUGGUGGAUAUCGAUGGGAACGGCAUUGCAGCGGAUUUCAGGCGGAAGCGGAGCGGGGAUAUGGCGCGAUGGAAGCUUGCCAACUGCAAGGUGCCGAGCUCAUAG